CACAAGCCGCGAAGCUGGCCACCCAACCAAUCCACCCCUGGCAACCUGGCCUAUCCAAUUUUAGCACGGCUGCGUCGCAGUAGCACGAGGCUUGGACUCCUAUGCUCCUCAAGCCUCGUCUGCCGAGGCGGCUGCCAGUCUACCUACGCCAUGCCCUCGCGAUAUUGGUCCUCUUUUCCCUCAUCGACGCCCUCCUCCUGAUCUCCGGCCGGCCCUACACCGACCGCGACCCGACCCACCACGCGGUGCCGCCCGAGGUAUCCGUCUUCAUCGUCUCGGUGCACCGCAACAACGAGGCGGUCCUGCGGGCGGCGUGGAACGAUGCGGUCAUGCGUCUGGCGUCGCGGCUCGGCCCGCGCAACGUGCACUUCUCGGCCGUCGAGGGCGGGUCGCAGGACGGGACCAAGGCGGCGUUGAUGGAGCUCAAGGGCCGCCUCGACGACGCCGGCGUCGCCAACUCCAUCAGCCUCGGCAUGAACGUCUGGGAGCAGGUGGGCGAGCUGAGCACGCGCCCGGACCCGCUCAGGGAGCGCGAGCCCGGCUGGAUCUGGAACAAGGAGGACGGGCACUACGACAUGCGCCGGAUACCGUACCUGGCCAGGGUGAGGAACCAGGCCAUGGAGCCGCUGAAGAUGCUCGAGCGCAAGGGGAGGCGGUUCGACAAGGUCUUGUGGCUGAACGAUGUCGUCUUCGAUACGGAAGAUUUCCUCACCCUCCUGAACACCCGCGACGGGCACUACGCCGCGGCGUGCAGCAUGGACUUCAAGGACUACCCAUACUACUACGACACAUUUGCCCUGCGGGACGAGCUGGGCCAGAAGACGGCCUCGGACUACUGGCCCUGGUUCGCGUCGGCCACCGCGCGCGCUUCGGCCCGGAAGGCGGAGCCGGUCGAGGUGUUCUCGUGCUGGAACGGCAUGGUGCUGUUCGACUCGACGCCCUUCUACGCCGACCCCCCGCUCCGGUUCCGCGGCAUCGACGACAGCCUGGCCGACCUGCACCUCGAGGCCAGCGAGUGCUGCCUCAUCCACGCCGACAACGUCCUGUCCCGCGACCCCGGCAAGGGCGUCUGGCUGAACCCCAACGUGCGCGUCGGCUACACCCCCGCGGCAUAUGGCCGCGUCAAGGGCGGGCGCUUCCCGGGCCCCUCCGCCACCGUCGUCGGCGCGUGGUCCAACCGCUGGUCCCGGCUCAGGGCCGGGGUUCAGUUCUCGCUCGAGACCCGGGCCGUCCGCUCCCGGCUGAAGAAGUGGGGGUCGGAGACGCCGGCCGGGGAGUUGACCAGGGCCGAGCCCGGGGAACCCUGCCUCAUCAACGAGAUGCAGAUCAUGUGGCAGAAUGGGUGGAGGCACCUCUAGAAUUGGGGGUUUGACGGCGGGUUAAUUAGCAUCCUGGUGCCACGGGGUUUACAAAUGAGGAUCUUAAAAACGGAGGCGCAAUUGGUCUAGGAUAUCCAGCA